AGAAGAAGAAGACCUGCUAUUGUUUCUCAAGCUGACAACAUGUUUCUCUCGCUGGUCCAAACAUCCUUAACGUCACCCUUCCAAGCUAUCCAAAUCACGGGUACCCAAUUUAAUUCUUCUUUUCUGUCCAAAACCCUAUUUCCUUCUCUUGGAACUGUGCCUUUCACCUUUAUUACUCUGAGGAGAUCACAUAAUGCUUCAAUUGGCAAACUCAAUGUCACUGGCGUUCAUGCUUCCUUGAUCCAUAGUCCUGUCUUGUGGGUUGGUAGGCUUUGCAUCUUCUAUGCCCUCCUGAAGGCCGGAUUAGCUGGAUCUCCGGCAAGCCCAUUGUUCUCAGACCUGGAAACAGAAACAGAAGCCGACGAUUUGGGCUUUUCCAAGUGGUUAGAGAGCUUGAAGGGGAAAUCAGAGGAAAAGGAAGCAGCUGACAAAAGGAAACUGGUGAGCAAAUGGCAUCCUACAACAAAAGGUACUCUCAAGAGGAGUUACAGAGUACCUUCCAAAUCCGAAGGACGACGUCUUCUUAAAGCCAUUGCGUCCCUGCUUUCUGAUGAUGAUCACUUUGUUGAUGCCACUUCUCAUAAGGGUUGUCAAAUUAGGAGGGAGAGCGCUCAUGGAGAAAGUGUCUGUUGUAACAAUGUGAGAGCUCUUUUUGAUGAGCUCCCUACUCCACAUCUUGUUGUGGAGAUCACACCUUUUCCUGCAGGGCCUCUCACAGACAAAGAUUACGCCAAGGCUGAGAAACUAGAGAGGGUACUUAGGUCUGGACCUUCCAUUUGAAUUACCUUUGAUUUCUUCACUUCUCCUUUGUGUAUAUACAAUCCACAACUUGUACAUAUAUAUCACUAAUAAAAGGUUUUUCUGUUGUUCCCUUU